AUGGCUAUCCGAGAACACUUCCGCCGCGCUCUGCGCUCCGACGCUUCCGCAUCAAACAUUGUCGACGCCAACACAUCUGGGAAAAUCACAGCCACCAUGACCAAAUCCAGCCAGAACAGCGACAAGUCUGAUGCAUCAUCAAAAUCAUCUCUCGUCAACAAGCUGUCACGUACCUGGACGUGGGGGUCCAAGGACAAGGACGCCACCAAGGAACGCAAGACCAAGAACAAGAAGGGAAAGAAGAUCACACACCCUAGCGAGAAGCCCAUGACGGCCCAAAAUCUCCAACACCAGGAAAUGCUUUCUCAGUUUAGCUUCACGUUUGGUGCCUCUUCUCCCGAGCAGAUCGAAGAGGACGGCUUCUUGGGCAUCAGCCCUUGCUGCACACGAGCUCCCAGCGUUGUCAACUUCUCCUUGGAAGGUGACAGCGAAAGCGACGAUCAGACUUCAUCAUCUUCAUCCUCCAUCAAAUCAUCAUAG